AUGUCGAUGCAGCAGCGAAAGGAUGAGAUUCUUGCCAAACGGGCAAAACUCGCCGAACUAAAAAAACAGCGAGAGCUUCGUCAAAAGGAGUUCACUUCUCGGACUAGCGUCGGGGAUGCCUCAGAGAUUGUUUCGCCAGUGCCAAGUCACUCAGGCAAUCGACACGAGCUUGAUGACCUGAUCGCACGCUUGGUCGACCGUCCAGCGUCGGCCUCACUCAGCCAAGGUGCCGAUGGUCAGUCGCGGCGAGGAAGCCGACCAACCUCCGUUUUGAGCGCAAGCCAAUUGAGUGGAGAAAAUGCCGACGCAUACACGUCCCCCUCGCGACCACAAUCCCAGUCCAUUGCCGUUCAGACUAUGGGCGAGGAGCCUUACACCUACACCUCAACCGAAGCCCCGCCGCCCCCUGAGCUUGAACCCGCCUCCAAGCCUAAGCCAGAAGUCGUCACAUACAGCAAGGCAGUGCAAACGGAUGGACUGGACGUACAAACUGAGACACCCGAGGGAUCUGUUGCUUCGGACAGCGAGGAUGCCCCUGGUACCACACGAUCCAGCAAGCGAUUCAGUCGACGUGAAAAGGAACGAGAUGAGGAGAUCCUGCAGAAGCUUCGCAAGGAAAUUGAAGAGGAACUACGUGCUGCCAACCAUGAAGACGAUAACGACAACUCAACCGCGCAAGCCAAGCUACGGUACCCUCUGCGCACACUGGAUGACGACGAGCUGAAAGCAGUCACAUCCUCUGACGAUUUCCUGGACUUUGUGGAGCGGUCUUCCAAGGUUAUCGAAAGGGCUUUGGAUGAGGACUAUGAUGUUUUGGCAGACUAUGAGCUAGGUGGGACUGAUGGGAACUUGCAAGAAGACGAGGAGAGCGGCAAGAAGAAGAGAGGCAUGCAAGAAGUGGCCCAUUUCUGGGAUGAAAGAUGGAGCAAGAACCGCAUAAUCAGUGACCUGAGCUUCUCUCCAAAAUUCCCUGAAUUAUUGCUGGCAUCAUACACUAAAAAUACAUCAGCACCUCAUGAACCUGAUGGCCUGGUCCAGAUCUGGAACCAGCAUUUGCAAUCUCGUCCGGAAUAUGUGUUCCACUCCACCUCUGAUAUCCUCACUGCCAAAUUCUCUCCCUAUCACCCAAACCUAGUUGUCGGAGGUUCCUAUUCGGGACAAGUACUCGUGUGGGAUACACGAUCCUCUCGCGCUGGCGGAGGCUCCCCUGUACAAAAGACCCCUCUGACGGGCACCGGACACGCCCAUCCUGUCUAUAGCAUCUCGAUUGUUGGUACGCAGAAUGCACACAACAUCAUGACUGCCUCUACAGAUGGUGUGGUCUGUGGCUGGACUAUGGACAUGCUUUCUCACCCGCAGGAUCGCGUGGAGCUGACUACACCACCUCCCUCCAAAACGGAGGAUCUUGCUCCGACCACAAUGUCAUUCCCUCACACCGACCCUACCUUCUUCGUCGUCGGUACUGAAGAAGGUGUCAUUUACCCCUGCCAUCGGUACGACCGAGCAGGAGCCAAGGGUGGCACAGAUCAUCGUCUAGCCUACAAGGGCCACACGGCACCGAUCAUGUCUACCGCAUUCCACCCUGGCCGUGGUCCCGUCGAUCUAGGAGACCUCAUGCUGAGCUCCAGUCUGGACUGGAGUGUCAAGCUCUGGCGUGUGCGGCCCCCAGCGACCACCGCAUCAGCCACAUCCAUCUCAGCUCCUCAAGUCAUUUCGCCAAUCCUCGAUAUCACGCGUGAUGAUGUGGUCUACGAUGCGCGCUGGCACCCAACCAAACCGGGUGUAUUCUCUCUCGUCGACGGUGCUGGUAAUGUCGAAGUCUGGGAUCUCGCGUCGGAUACCGAGGUCCCCAUUGCACGGGAAGUUGCCGACAACACACAUGGCAAUAUUAUGUCGCGCAGCCUUAAUAAGGUUGCAUGGGAUGAGCGCGAGGGCCGACGCUUGGCGACUGGUGGACUCAAUGGCGUUGUUACGGUCUAUGAGGUUGGCAAGGGUCUCUGCGGUCUGCCCGAAGAGGUUCCCGCAGACGAGUGGACUGGUAUGAAGAGGUUGGUUGGGAAGCUGGAACAAAAGGAUAAGGACCGAGUGGCUUGA